AUGUCUAUGUGGGAAGGUUGCAAUGCUAUGAUGGAGGUGGUUAGGGAGUUGGAUCAUUGGGUUGUCUCCAAGCUUGAGAAGGCUCACAACCAUGACCUUGGCACUUGUAGCAAGGUGGGGUAUCCUCGCACAAGAUGUUUUCUUGGUGCCUCUGAGAAGGUGGCUAUGGUGAGCCCUGAUGGGAUGGCACUUCUUAGGCAGAAUGUUCUUGGGGAAGGAGGAGACGUGCAGGGCCUCCUUUAUUAUCUCAAGAAUAUGCAAGCCAAUGACCCUGCUUUCUUCCAUGCCAUACAGGUUGACAAGAAUGGUUGUGUGGUGAAUGUUUUCUGGGUUGAUGCUAGGGCCAAAGCAGCUUAUAGGCAUUUUGGUGAUGCUAUCACAUUUGACACGACGAGCAAGAAGAACAAGUAUAUGAUGCCCUUUGUUACUUUCUCAGGAGUAAACCAUCAUCUGCAGCCUAUUAUUUUUGGAUCUGCAUUGCUUAUGGAAGAGACUGAGUUCUCAUUUGUGUGGCUGUUUGAAACAUGGCUAGCUGCAAUGGGAGUGAAGGCACCAUGCUCAUUAGUCACUGACCAAAACAGGGCCAUGAAGGCUGCAGUUGGAAAGGUUUUUCCAGAUUCCUGUCACCGUUUCUGCAAGUGGAAUAUUUUGAGUAGAACCAAGCAGAAACUAACCCAUGUAUACACAGAACAUCCAACCCUACGAGAUGAGCUUGAAAGCUGUGUUCUUGAGUCUGAAACUAUCUCUACGUUCGAAACAACUUGGACAUCAAUCAUUGAUAAUUAUGACUUGAGAAAGAAUUCAUGGCUUCAAGCAAUAUACAAUAUCCGUGAAAAAUGGGUUCCUUUGUACCCGAUGGAUACAUUCUUUGCAGACAUAUCCCCCAGACAGAAAUUAGAAACCAUGAAUGAUUUCUACAAGAAGUAUUUCAAUACAAAAACAACACUUGAAGUUUUUCUUAAUCAGUUUGAUUUGAGCAUGGCAAAUCGAUAUGAGGAUGAAGCAAAAGCAGAUAUGGAUGGUUACUUAAAUAAGGCAACUACAAAAACCGCAUCGCUAAUAGAAAAACAGGCAGCAAGCACCUACACAAAAGCAGUCUUCAGUAAGUUUCGGGAGGAAUUUACAGAGUCUUUGGGGUAUAUCAUUGAGAAAACUAAAGAUGGCUGCAUAAGCAAAUACAGCAUCACAAAGAUGAAGAUUUAUGAGACACAUUCUACGUGA